AUGGCUGUGUUCUGCGCGUACGAGGCGACCUUUAUCUCGAUCAAGCAGCCGAAGCAAGAACCUCGAUCCAAGAGCGCGGGAGCAAAUGUGCCGCGACAACCUUGCCCUGACAGAUCCUACGUGGAGAGCUUGGAGGAGCGUGCCUCGGCCCUGGCUUUUCUGGAGUCAGAGCGGUCAGAGCAGUCAGAGGGCAGUGCCGGACACCCGGAGCUCUGCUUCAAGCCCUGCCUGUACUUGGCCUACGGUUCCGGUGCGUGUCCCAGGCGCAGUUCCUGCAGCUUCUGCCACCUGCCUCACCCAAAGCGAGCCGCGAGCUGCUCAGGCAGCUGGGCGAGGCGGAUCUUCUGGCAUUGGUACUCCCACACCUGCGUGCCAAGAAGAUCCCAGGCGCAGACCGCGUACUGGGCCUCAUGGAGGCUCACCUGGCAUCUCUCCCCGCCUCCAAUGCGCUGA